AAACAAAACCUUGGGUCAAUUUGUCAUUUGUCGUCAUUAGUCGUUAAAGUAUAGGACAUAGGAACAUAACUGACUAAUCAAAUAAGUAUUAUUAUAGCUUGCUACAGAAAUUAAUUAAUCUGUGUAUCCUUUCAUGAAUAAGUUCAUUCAUAAAUAAGUGGGGUUGGUUUCCUACGACUAAUUUUCAAUUAUUGGAUAAAUGGAAUUGAUAAGUGAAAUCGCAACCGUUGUUCGUUCCUUGCAAAAAGGCUACAAUUUUAGUAUCUACUCGUAGCAAUAUACUCGAAGUUAUGAGAUUCCAUGUUAUUUUCAGUUAGAAUACUCCGUAUACAAAUAAAGGCAGAGACCCUCAUAGAUGGCAGAUAAUUUAAACUUAAUUUUAUGAUUCAAUGUUGAAAGUAAGGAUAGUUCAACUAUCAGAUAAAGAGAGAUAACAUUGAAUAUGAUUCACACUGGAUGUGUUCUGCUCUUACCUGUCAUUUUAAUAUAGUUUGUAAUGUAUUAAUAUUAUUUGUUUAUACUUAUAUACAUUCACAAUGAAGACAUCCCAUCUUACUAUAAAUGGACAAAACUAUAAUAAUACCCACUUUACAAUUGGGUUAAGUCUUGCUGUAUCAUCUAGUGUAUUUAUAGGAGCAAGUUUCAUAAUCAAAAAAGUUGCUUUAAAAAAACUCCAAGCCUCUGGAAAUGUGAGGGCAUCUGCGGGUGGAUUUGCUUAUUUAAAACAAUGGCUGUGGUGGCUUGGGCUUCUCACAAUGGGUAUUGGAGAGGCAGCUAAUUUACUAGCAUAUGCAUUUGCACCAGCAGCACUGGUGACUCCGUUGGGUGCUCUUAGUGUACUUGUUGCAGCAGUGCUUUCUUCUAAAUUUCUUAAUGAGAAACUUAACUUUAUAGGAAAAAUUGGUUGUUUUCUGUGCAUAAUUGGAUCAGUCAUAUUUGUAAUACAUUCACCUAAAUCAGAAGAAGUGUCAAGUUUUAGUGAGUUAUUAAAUAAGUUAUUUGACUAUUUGUUUCUAAGUUAUGUGGGAACGAUAUUUCUAAUGGGUCUCAUUAUAAAAUUAGUUUUUAUACCAAGGUUUGGUAAUACAAAUAUUUUGGUUUACUUAUUGCUUUGUUCAUCUAUUGGUAGUUUGACUGUGGUAUUUUGUAAAGGAGUUGCUUUAGGAAUAAGAGAAAGUUUUUCCAGUAAUGUAAAUAAUUUUACUAAUUACAUGUUCUGGUUGUUAUGUAUAACUGCAGUCAUAUGUAUUAUGAUUCAAAUGAAUUAUUUGAAUAAGUCACUAGAUAUAUUUAAUACCAGUGUUGUUACACCUGUUUAUUAUGUCAUGUUUACUAUAUUAGUCAUUAUUGCAUCAGGUAUCCUGUUCAAAGAAUGGGAUCAUAUGAACACGGUAGAUAUCAUUGGUUGCUUAUGUGGUUUCCUAGUAGUAAUAACAGCAGUAUUUAUGUUGAAUGCAUUUAAAGAUUUCAAAAUAUCUUUUAAAGAUUUAAACCUUAACACACGAAACAGAAGAAGUACCAUGAACUUGCAUGCUGCUGAACCUAGAGACCCCGAAAACUAUGUUUUAAGUUCUCAUAUGAGACAGUUGUAACAUCCGGAUGUAACUAAUCAAUAAAUGAAAGAAAACUAA